UUCACCUCUUAUUAACUCCCUACCGCUAGAUCAGCAAUGGAUGAAUCCAUCCACCUUAUACCAAUAACAUAAAUUAACUCUUGUACCUUGACCAUAAAGGAGAUUUUGACAAAGCUUAUUCAAAAGGGAAGUGUUAAUGUUACAAUUAAUAAUCACUAAUCAGACGAAUGCACAAGAACAAAUGAUAGAUUAUCCUGUACAGACCCAAUAUUAAAUUUAGCUAAUGGUAGGCAUUAGUCAAUAUUAGUGGCAAACCACAAAAUUAACUAAAUGCAAGUCCAAGGCGUUAAUUAUAAUCAUUUUCUUCAAUAUUGGCCGGUGGUGAAGCCGUUAGGGCCAUGUCCUAAGUCACCUACAUUAAUUUAGUCAUUCUUUUUGUUUUUCUGCCCCUCCAAAAAAAUGACUCUCUGAUGUAGUUGGACGCACGCAUUGCUUGUUCAUCUUUGUUUUCUAUUUCUCUAUAUUCAUUAUUCUCCCAACAAACAAACUCCACAAAAAAAAUACUCCAAGUUCACUGUAUCAUUAAAGUCUUCACAAACUCAACAUACUACAUUGCAUAUAACUUUUGGGUAAAAAUCUUCUCUUCUGAUUUUUGUCGAUGAGUUCUAUAGUUUGUUGUUUAUUAACACAUUGGUUUUCUCUGCUUUGUUUGAUGUUAGUUGAAUUUACGUUGAGAGAAGGAGCGUUGUGAUUUAUUAUCAAGCCAUGGUUCUAGGACAGAAGAAGAAGAAAAAGGGUGCUUCAUUCCAAAUUGAUUACAUUGUACAUAUCCAGCUGAUCAGGCCUUGGCCUCCAUCAGAGUCUUUAAGAUCUGUUCAAUCCGUAUUACUUCAGUGGGAGAAUGGUGAUAGGAAUUCUGGAUUUGUUACUUCGUCUGUUGAGGAUGACUAUCUUGAAAUCAGCAAGACUUUCACCCUAUUCUUAACUUUAUGUCGCGAGAAAAAAUCAAAAGAUAAAUUUCUAAAGAAUAACUUGGACUUCUGUUUGUAUGAGUAUACAAAGGAUAAUGCAGCUCAAGGUCCGUUAUUGGGGACAGCUUCGAUUAAUUUUGGAGAAUAUGGAGUAAUCAGAGAAACUUUAGCUAUUAGUGUUCCUUUAAACUGCAAGAAGAGUUCGAAAAGCUUGCUGCAGCCAUCUUUAUAUGUUAAGGUACAGCCAGCAAAAGAUAAGCAAGAAUCAGACAUGAUGAUAGAUGAUGUUGAAUAUGAUUCUGAUUUUGCUUCUUAUACUGAUGAUGAUGUUUCCUCACAAUCAUCCUCAACUUUUUCUUCUUCUGUUUUUGAAGCUGCUUGGGCUUCACCAUCUAACAAUGUAAAGGUUGCACGGGCGUCACCAUCUCGUCUUGAAAAGAGUGACUUUCAUGAAGAGGCAGCCAGCGGAACAAGCAAAAGUGAAGAAAAUACUCAGCACGCCAAAGAAAAAUACAUUGAUAGAUUGAUAUCGAAAAUAACAUCUUCACAUAUGCAUAGUCAGGUAGGUAUGGACAGUCAAAAUGGUCCGGAUGAAACAACAGAACAUGAUUUUGGACAGGAUGAUCAUCUUCUUGAUGACACAAGAGACUUGUCAGAAAACAAAAUAGCUAAAAGUAUGAAAAGACAAGUCACGAUGAGUUCCAUUCGGAAAGCUCUUGGAGUUCAGAUCACAAAUGGUCGACUGAAGCCUGUGAAGUCUGUUCAGAUUAGAGACUCUGUGAGUCCAAAUGUGUUUUUGGGCAACACUGAUAUUAUUAAGAAUGAAGUGAAAGAACAGGCACCCAUAGAAACUAGUAGUACUGCUAAAAGUACUGCAGUGGAGAAAAAAGAAUCAAAGAAUAUUGUGGAGAAAAAAGAACAGAAGAACACUUCGGAGAAAAAAGAAACAAAGAAUACUACCAAUACUACUUCAGCUACUGAAAAAAGAGUUCCUGCAAAUGUUUUGUCGAAGAGCAAACCUGAAUCAGAGUCUAGAAUUCAGAUGCUUGAGGAAGAACUGAAAGAAGCUGCAGCUAUUGAAGUUGGCCUUUAUUCUGUAGUUGCUGAGCAUGGAAGUUCGAUGAACAAAGUUCACACCCCAGCCAGGCGCCUUGCUAGAUUUUAUCUCCACGCUUGGAGAACAAAAUCCCCUGCUAAACAGGCCAGUGCUGCUAGAGCUGCUGUCUCAGGAUUAGCUUUGGUUUCUAAAGCAUGUGGAAGCGAUGUUCCAAGGUUGACUUUCUGGCUGUCAAAUUCCAUUAUGUUAAGAGCAAUCAUUAGCCAGGUUGCUGCAGGACUACAAUUUAAUGAAGGGGCACCUACUGAAACUACUGUCAACAGAGGUAAGUCUGCGUUAGAGAAAAUAUAUAUGCAGCAAAGCAUCAAAUACAUUGCCAACCAAGGGAACAAGAAUUAUUUGGUUAAGCAAUCUUAUAACUGGGAGGAUAUUGAAUCAUUCACUCAAGCAUUGGAAAAACUUGAAGGCUGGAUCUUCUCCAAAAUCACCAAGUCUCUUUGGUGGCAGACUCUGACUCCACAUAUGCAGUUUGUGACUGCAAAAACUAGUAAGACUAGAGGCUCAAGGGUAAAGAAAACAUAUGGGGGUAGACAUUCUUUGGGUGAUCAAGAGCAGGGUAAAUUUUCUGUAAAACUUUGGAAAAAGGCUCUGAAGGAUGCCUGCGAAAGGCUUUGUCCACUUCAGGCAUUGGGACAUAAAUGUGGCUGCUUACCUGUUCUGCCAAAGUUGGUAAUGAAACAGCUGGUGAGUAGAUUGGAUGUGGCAAUGUUCAACGCUAUUCUUCGUGAAUCCACCGAAGAAAUGCCAACAGAUCCAAUAUUUGAUCCUAUAAGUGAUCGUAAAGUCCUUCCAAUUCCUCCUGGAAAAUCAAGCUUUGGAGCUGGUGCACAGUUGAAAAAUGCUGUUGGAAGCUGGUCUAGAUGGCUUACAGAUCUUAUUGGCUUUGAAGAUGAGGAUUCACCAGAGUAUAGUAGCACCUUUGGAAAUGACAAGAAAACAGAAUCAUUCAAGGCUUUUCGACUCCUUAAUGCAUUGAGCAACCUCAUGAUGCUUCCAUUUGAAGUGCUCAUCGAUGCAUCCACAAGAAAAGAAGUCUGCCCAAUAUUUAGUCCAGCUUUGAUCAAACGAGUCCUUGCUAAUUUUGUCCCAGAUGAGUUCCGUCCAAAUCCAAUUCCAAAAAAUGUUGUUGAGACCCUGGAUUCUGAAGAUGUACCUGGAGAGUACCACACUAGCUUCCCGUGCACUACAACAUGGACGGUCUAUACAUCUCCUCCAGCAUUAUCUCUCACCACUUUUAUAGAGAGGGUUGGAAAUCAAGUUCCAAAGAGUACUGGUUCAUCUGUGCUUAAAAAAACAUACACCAGUGAUGUUGAGCUUGAUGAGCUAGACUCACCUUUUACUUCGUUCCUUGCUGAUAGCUUCAAGGAUUAUCCCAAUUUAGCAAAACCUGCAAGGAAUGUUGUCAGAUACCAGCUUCUCCGUGAAGCAUGGAAACAGGUUCAGCCGUGAGGACACCAGCAAGUUUAGAUAUAUGAAAUUUGAGUAGUUCCUGAGAAGAACUAAUGUCUUAUUUACAAAGGCUUAUAACUGAGUCCAAAGGCUUAUAACCUUGUUUCUAAUUCUUACACGAGACGGAUUUAAAUUGAUGGGUUCAACCAUUGAGGUUCUUACCACUGAUCCAUUGUACGUUUAAAAUUAUGGGUUCUGAAUUAAUAUGAUCUGUUGAUAUUUUAGUGA